AUGUCUGCGAUAAUAACAGCCGUAUUUAAGGCCACUUUUGGUGUGGUCGUAAAUAAAGGCAGAAAUGUAAUGGCAGACAAGCUAAAAGAGGGUGAUGUAGCAGAUCAGAAAGUUCGUGACAUGAUCAUCGGUGAUAUGGAAGACGUCAAGUCAAAGUUAAAUGCAUUGUCACGAAAGGAUCUUGGGGCAGCUGUAGAUUCUUUGGAAACAGGACUCAGGUUUUUGAAUAACGCAGUCGAUGCAAUGUAUAAUGACAAUCCUUCUUGGGAAGGAGCGAAGGAACCAGAAGGAGACAAAGAAGAUGAUUUUCACGGAUUAACUUUGCCAUCAGCUAGUUACUCUGAAACCACAGUUAUUUUAGAUGCGGGAACCAAAAAUGUCCAGCUGACGGAGUCUGUCAACGAAGUAGCGAAAAGUACGCUCUCUGCUGCAAAAGACAGAUUUAAAUUGGCUCGUGAAAAAGCAACAGAUGCCUGUAAUAAUGAAGCGCUCAGCACGUUCGAUCGAAUCACAGCCAUUCGAUAUCGUGUAAUGGCAGCAAUAUUAGAGUCAGCUGCUGAGAAUGUAGGAACCGCCGGUGACUUAAAAAUCACUUUGAAGAGUGCAUUACCUGAGUGCGAACAGUGCCUUCAGAAACUCCACUCCCUUCCAGCUGUUCAGAAAAGUUUUAAAGUCGAGCUUGAGAAGGGUCGACUAAACGUCAGAAGUCGAUUUGGCAAAGAGGAACGACGGGAGAUAAUUUCCACGGUAUGUCAGGUAAAUCGCGCCAUUUACGAUGCGACAUUAACAGUUUAUGGUGGAGAUGUACAUGUCUGGGUCUGGCCAUAUGUUGACACCGGAGAGGAUAAAGUUGAUCCUCUGCGCGAUGGAAGAAUUAGAAAAGUCAUUCGCAAAGUUAAUAUGGAGCAAUGUUGCGUCACACCAUGGUCAUUUGGUCAAGAGGGUGAAGAGGAGCAUAAACUGAAGCGUCCGUAUGGUAUUGCUACAAACACCAAGGGACAGUUUCUUGUAGCAGACAAUGGAGAUAAAACCGUCAAGGUGUUUGAUGGCAAAGGAAAAUUUUAUUUCAGUUUUUAUCCCCAAACUGAUGAUGCCGAUACAAAGUUAAUGUUUAUUUAUGACAUCGCGACUGGAGACGUGGACGACAAGAUCUGUCUUCUAGUGGAACUGAACAAGGAUGGGGUUGAGAAAUGGGAAGUGCAAGUUUUUAACGAGACCCGUGAGCUACAGCACAAGUUUCCUGUAAGAAGAGGGGAGUGGGACUGGGGCAGAGUAGCAUUGAGCAGCAGUAAAGUACUGGUGUUGGUUGAUGACGUCGUUGAUGUUCAUAAGCAGGAAGGAAAGUUUGUUUGCAGCUUUGACAAAGGAGAUUUCAAAAUUGCAACAGAUAUCACUGCUACUUGUGAUGGUCAUGUCAUGAUAGUGGGCCCAGGCGAAUCCUCUGUUGACUUUACUGUGGAAGGACAACAGCUUGCCAACUUUGAUAUCAACAUCGAGGGAAAUCUGUAUUAUUGCAUUGCAUGCCACCCGAAAGGUGAACACGUCGUCGUUGCUGGUCGUGAACGAGACACACGCCACCUAACGCUGGCUAUAUACACUGUAACUGGAUUAUUUGUAAGACGAAUUCACCUGGAUGAAGAACUUGAUAUCAUUGGAGGUGGAAUAACAGUGACCAUGGAGGGUCACAUUGCUGUGACUUUUACAGAUAGGCAUUACAAUGGAAAAGUUAUUGUGGUUUAAAACUGAAAUUACAUAGACACUCUCAUCGAUCUGUAUAAUUUUUCAGACGAAAGGCGAAUUCAAUAAUGUUUUUUUAUUCAUUUAAAAUAAUUCUUACUUUAAAAAUAUAUGCUUCAUUAUUUACCUUGAUCGCCUUUCAUCUUUCUCGCCAAAUUCCAGAUAUAAAAUGAUGUUUUUAUAAUAAUCGUUUUAUUAUCGUGCAAAGCCCACAGAACUUUUCUAUAUAUGCGCUUUUAUUUUAUAUUUCUAAUAAAAAUGUUCAUGAAAAUAACAACAAUAACAAUAACAAUAGUAAUAAUAAUUACAUUUUUCUUGAAUGACAUCAUCGAUAUAAGGUUGCUGCUCAUUAUAAUUUAAGAGCCCAAAGCUGUAGUCUUUCUGCACAUUUCUACAUCAGCGAGGUAGACGUUUCGAUAGUUUUUCAGAUAACAUGAUGGAAUUAAACUAUUAAUGGAAAAAUCGACGUAGACUUUUUUUGGCUAAGGACGUGCAAUUUUGAUUGGAAUGUUUGCAUAGAGCCCAAAAAGGUACCGGGAAUUUCAAGAACGAGCCCGGAAAUGUGAGGAUAAAAAAAAAAAAAAAAGACGAAGAAGAAGAAGAAAAAGAAAAGGACACUGCGCCUAA